UAUAUAUUCUCGUAAUCGGUACACGCACAAGAACUCAUAACUACAUAUACUUACGUAUAGAUACAACACCACACUUCCAUUUUCUCAACUCCUCAACUCUUAUUACAACUGAUUUUUUACGCAGAAUUAUGUUUCAAAUUUGAUUUUGAAUCUGUUCUACACUGUUGAUCAGAAUGGCAGAGCGAAUUCGUCCCAUAAACGUCGACGCGCCACCAUCCACGGCGAAGAACUCCGGAGACGCUUCCAAACCAGCACCUAAUUCGAAGCCACUGCCGCCGACUUAUGUAGUCAAGCUCCCCAGAGAGCAAAUCCUACGCUAUCCACCACCUGAAAACGCACGCAAAUUCCAUGCCCUCACACGCGGGAAUAAACAUAGCUGCUGCCGCCGUUGCUGCUAUUUUACUCUCUGCCUCCUAACAGUCAUUAUUUCCGCUGCUAUUGCCGCCGGAGUGUUCUACUUCGUCUUCCGUCCAGAAGCUCCGAAGUACACGAUAAUCUCCGUCGCUAUAAGAGGAAUGAAUCUGACAUCAGUGCCUUUCAUAUCACCGGAAUUUGACGUCAGCAUCAGGACGGAGAAUCCUAACGACAAGAUCGGCAUAUACUAUACAAAAAACAGCUACGUUAAAGUUUUUUAUAACGACGUUAAGCUAAGCGACGGCGUUUUGCCUGCUUUUUACCAGCCGAAGAACAACGUGACGGUAUUUCAAACGGCGUUUAGGGGGUCCAACGUAGUACUGGGAAGUGCCGUUAAGACAACGUUAAUAAACAGGCAGAAUGAAAGAAUGGUGCCAUUGGUGGUGGGGUUAAAGUUACCCGUUAAAUUUAAGGUGGGGUUCAUGAAGACAUGGGAAAUUACAACUAAGGUCAAGUGUGACGUCAUCGUGGAUGCACUUAACGACAAAUCGAAUAUAGUAGCUAAAGAUUGUGAUUAUUGCGUAAGAUUAUGGUAGAUAAUUUUACUUUAUUCAUCUCAUAAAAUUUAUUUUCCUUUUUCAUUUAUUCCAAAUUAUGGGUUACUUUCAAGAGUAUAAUCAAUCUCUUAGUUUUCUAAUAUAUCUUUACUUAAUGUGCA